UAACACAAAAAAAAAAAAAAAAAAAAAUACCCAAAAAGAAUGAACACGACAUAUACUAGUAUUAUAUUAGACGGACAUGUUACUUCAUAUGCUCAGACAAUACAACAACCUGAUAAUAAUAAUAAUAUUGAUCCCUCACAAAAUUUACCAUCGUUCCCUAUUUGGACUGUCAUGGUGGACAGUACUCUCAACUUUUGUCGCUUGACUUGGGAUCUUUAUGAAGAGGCAAAGAUCUCUGUAAUGAUUGCUGGAAAUACUUCCUAUUUUCUUAAUGAUUGGAACAAUCCAAGGAAUCAGCUAUCCAAGAUAUCUCGUGGUUUCGAACAAUAUCAAGCACAAAACACGUCAAAUUCCAAUAGGAUUCAAACAGCUCUGGAGAAAAGUUUUGGAAAUAUGUUUACAAAUUUUGAUUUAUCCUCAGAUACUCAUAAUGGACGUAUCAUUCUUAUUCUAACUUGUAAAGGACUUGAUGAAUAUGGAAUUGGUUUCCGAGACGAUGUACAAACUGAUUUGGCAGAUCUACGCUCAACAAUCUCUGAAGCUUACCGUAGACACCGUAUUCCAGAAUUUUCGGGCCAUAUACACAUAGAUGUCAUUCGAAUUCUGCCUUAUGAUUCCACAAUUAGUGGUUUCCCUGUAGAUAUCCAAAAUGAAAUGAUCCAUGAUGUGACAUUAUCUGUAUAUAAUGUGCCUAAUGGACAACAGCAUUUGAAACGUUCCUUAAUCUAUUUAGCACAGGAGUACUUUAAUAUUAAUUGCUUACGUAUAAAAAAUCAGAUGUCUCCUGAAAUGUCGAUUGAUAACAUGGAAAUAGCAGAAUACUAUUAUGCUGCAGAAAACAAACAAAGUAGCGAUCUUGCAAAAACAAAAAGUGAUAUCCGCAUUUUUGAAGAUUCAUCCAUGGAUCAUCGAACUGAACAAGUCUUCGUGGUAGAUACCGAUCAAGAUGAACUUCAGGGACAUGAAGAUUGGUGCAUCUCAAUUCACCCAGUCACUAUAGCUAAUCUUACGGACACAUACUCGAAUAGAUUGCUCAAUGAUAUGAUGAAUGGCUCCCGAUUAUAUCUUUCAACAGAAUCAAAAAUGCAAUCUGACGCGAAGAUGAAGAAUAAGAUCUGGGAUAAGGUUCUUCUAUUCUACGAAGGAAAUCUAGUUCUUGAAUAUAUUGGCCAUGAAUUUGAACAUCAAUUCACUAAUUUGAAGAUAGAACAUUCUAUAAAGAAAGAGUUUAGUUCAUCAAAUAUGAUCAGACAUAAUCAAGUUUUAAAAUCAACAGAAUUUAUGGAUGCAUUGCUUAAACCUAAUCUCUUUAAUGAUAUACCUUCUCUUUUGAAAUAUGAACGAACAAAUCCUUCUUGCACUUUAAUCGAGUACAAUGCUCAACUGUAUUCUCAAAACACUCAGCCAAAAGUAACAAAAACAUCAAAAUCAUUAGAGCGAGCCUCAAAGUGGCGAACAUGUCUUCGUGAUGGAUACGAAUACCCUGAUAUUAACAAUGAUGAUGCUCUGAAUUUAGAUUCAUUACAUUUACAGAAUAACAUUCACGUGUCUUCUGGGUUUGGAAUUGCUUUUGGAUUGAUCAGUGAUUUAUUUGACCAACUAGAAAGCGCGAUGAUAGGAGAUGUCAUUGAAAAUAUCCCUUCUGUAGAGUCGUUGAUAGAUAUGAUGAUCACGGAACUUUUUGCUGCUAAAAUGAAUGGAUCAAAAAAUAAUUUGUUUUCCAAGUCAAUAGGAAAACAGCAAUCACGAAUACUUGCUACUAGACUACUUGUUUCCUUGUACCUUAUUGCGGAUCGUUUUAAAAAUGACUCACAAAGUCACCUCAAGGUUUGUCAACGAAUUUUGAAAGAUAUUGCGCAACAUAACAGUGAAGAGGAUAAAAAACGUGCUAACAAGGAAGCACCUGGUAUGCCAAGGCACGAAGAAACUGAUAUGGCAUGGGAUCAAGUAAAGAGAUAUGAGUCUAUGACUUACCGAGAAAAAGAAGACGUAAUAGAGACAGAUUUUAAUAAUGUAAUGGGCAAAGAAGCUGCAAAAAUUCCACCCUCGGCUGGUAUCAAUCCAAUGUUCCGUGGUCGUCGUCACACACCCGAAGUUGGUGAAAAACCAAAAAGGUAUCCUGACCCUUCAAUUGCUAUUCCUUAUCUUCCAGUCAUUGGUCCAACAAUGGAAGAGAUAAAAUCCGAUGAAGAAAAUGCAAAGCUACGUUAUGGCUCGCCAGAAACACUACUAGGGCAAUUUUGGAUGGCAGAAAAAUAUAAGCGAAAAGUCAAAGAAUUUGAUGGUAGGAAACCAUUGACUGGUGAUGAAGAGCAAGGCGAAAUAGAAUAAAAAGGUUUAUCAUUUACCCGCAUUUAAAAAUUUGCACUACCUCCCCAUCUUAUUAUUAGAUCUGAAAAAUAGGCUCAUACACAGGAAUACAAUCAUGAUGUGCAGAGAUAAAAAAUCUUGCUUCAAAUCAAUUGAUUGCACUUAUAAAGUAUGACAGAUAAUGAGAAAUGAUGACGAUGGAACGACCGGAUUACCAUUGAUGAAUGAUGUGUGAAUGAUAUUACUAGUGGACAGUUACUAUAAU